CGUGAUGGAAAUUUGUUUUGCUAAUGGUGGAUGACAGCCUUCACCGGAUAAACAUCACAGUUGCUGAUUAUUAGACAUAAUGUCGGGCUUUAUGAAACACUUUUCUUCAAAGUAUACGAAACCGCUUCACUAGACGGCUUCAUAGUUUAUUAGUAUAUUUACCAUCAGCGUGCAGCUUAACUAAUAGAAAGCUAAGGCUAACGUCAGCUAGUUAGCAGGUUAACAAAGCGGUCUUUUAUGAUGGAAUGCUGUUAGCUGGCUUACCCACAAAUUAACUAACUGUUUUCAUGGUAGUUCAUAUUUACGGCUACUGUCUGAUUUGCGACUAAUGUCAUUCCUGCAACAUGGGUUAGCUAAGGCGGUUGUCUUGACACUGAAAAUAAAGUGUCUUCUCUUGUUGGUACUUCUGUAUUUAUCAUACUUGCUGUCUGAUAGCGUGAAAGCUAGCUAAGGUUGGUUGCUCGAUUUUACAGUUUCGGAGUCGGUCAUCAUUAGUAGGCGCACGUCAGUAGCUCGAAAACGUGAUAGGGAAUUGAUAAGUUUGAUGUUUUGGACUGUCACUGUGACCGACAUCUCCACGAGAAAGCCAUGCUAUGAUGGUGCUACGGCGGUUGCUGAGAAAGCGCUGGGUGCUGGGAGUAGUCUUCGGACUGUCUCUCAUCUAUUUUCUCACCAGCACUCUCAAACAGGAGGAGCGGACCAUACGGGACCGCACACUCUUAGAAGUUAGAGAUUCAGACCAUCGCAUCCCCUGGAAAGUCCGUUUUAACCUGGGAAACAGCAGCCGGCAGAUCACUCAGUGCAGAAACUCAAUCCAGGGCAAGACACUACUCACAGAUGAACUUGGCUAUGUCUGUGAGAGAAAAGACUUGCUGGUUAAUGGCUGCUGCAAUGUCAAUGCUCCCAGCAGCAGACAGUACAUUUGUAAAAGCUGCCUGGCCAAUGGCUGCUGUAGCAUCUAUGAGUAUUGCGUGUCUUGUUGCCUCCAGCCUGAUAAGCAACCUCUCCUUGAGCGCUUCCUGAAUCGUGCUGCUGAAGGUUUCCAGAAUCUCUUCACUGCUGUGGAGGAUCAUUUUGAGCUGUGCUUAGCCAAGUGUAGGACUUCAUCACAAAGUGUGCAACACGAGAACACCUAUCGAAACCCUCAAGCAAAGUACUGCUACGGAGAGAGUCCUCCAGACUUACUUCCUGUAUGAACUUUUCCUCUUGGGUUCAGGAUGUACAGGAACAGCAGUGGGCCUUUAAGGCGUCAGCAAAUGAACUGCUGUCAUGGACAGUUUUGCAUUAUAUUGACAAAGAGAUGGAGACACCCAAGACCAACCUCAAAAUGGACAAACGCUGUAUGUGAUUUGAUUAUUUACACUUCAUAAGUGCAUAGAACACUUCAUAAAUUCAUCCAUGAUGAUCAUCAGGUCUAGCUGGCAGCUCAUCCACCAGAAUCCUCUUUAAGCCCGUUCAUGUCAUCAAAUAGACUUCAUUUUAAAAGAAGGUAACAGCUGUUUCAUGUUUUGUUGAAUAUUUUCAAACAGCAGAGAAUGUGUCAUUACUUCUUGUAUAGUGCAUGUAUUUGAAACUGCUAUUUAAUAAAAGUGACUGUGACAUGAAA